GAUGAUGGUGCUCAUGUUACUCGCUUUCUGAUAAUUGCAAGGGAUCCUAUAAUUCCAGGAACUGACAGGCCCUAUAAGACUAGCAUUGUUUUCAGUCUGGACGAAGAUCCUACUGUACUAUUCGAAGCCCUGGGAGCGUUUGCCUUGAGGAACAUUAAUUUGUCAAAGAUAGAGAGUCGUCCACUGAAGCAGCGUCCAUCAAGAACUGUCGAUGAUUCAAAUGAAGGAAGUGCUAAGUCCUUUCGGUAUCUUUUCUACAUUGAUUUUGAAGCUUCUUUGGCGGAACAACGUGUACGAUAUGCUUUAGAAAAUUUGCAGUUUGAAUAA